CACGCUUUACACUUACACAUCUAGGCUUCUAUCUACAAGGACGUAGUGAGUAUGCCGCAUCUCAUCGGCCUCUACACGCAUGAAUGCUCAAAUACUUCAACAUUGUCAGAGGUAGGGCAGCGUUGACAUCGGUAGUUGCUCGAUGGGAUCGGUUCCGAUCUUUUACUCCGGAAGUACCCCGCCUUUCAUGCCCCCGUUCAGGUGUCGAGUCAGUCACCUUACAGGCAUCCCCGAAGUCUUGGAGGCUGUGGACCUAUGGGGCAGCUGGGACGUCCCCUGGCUUGUGCAGCUAUGUCGAUCGACUGCUGUGAUUGAAUCGGCAGACUCGAAGCAGUAGAGUUUCCACUCGGCCGUGAGGAGUACCUCAGCUAUAUAUAUGCUGGACCCCUGCCGCCAAUCUGUACACUUCAGUGUCCUUUUGCUCGACCCAUACCCCUCGAAAUCCAUAACUUGCACGCUACUACCCCUCCAUAAUGGCGACAGUUGACAUUCCCAGACAGCAGAAAGCUGCAGUCAGGGUCGGCAGCGGCAAAGAUGCCAAAGCCCCCAUUCAUCAAGUCGAUGUUCCCUCUCCAAGUCCAGGAGAGAUCCUUGUCAAGAUCAAUUGGCGAGUUCGACCACCUAUGACUGGCCUGUGCGCCUCGGACAAGUCUUUGCUGCACGAUGAAUGGGCCUCAUUCGGCGUGGACAUGAAGGAAUCUGCCAAAGGUAUUGCUGGCCACGAAGGCGCUGGUGUGGUCGUGGCAGUUGGUGAAGAUAUGCAGCACAAAUGGAAGGUGGGAGACCGAGCCGGAAUCAAAUGGGUCUGGAGCACGUGCGGUGAAUGCGAGUUCUGCACCAACGGAGUUGAUGAGCUUCAUUGCCCUAACCAGAAGAACUCCGGCUUUACUGCACCUGGGACAUUCCAACAAUACGCCCUCAGUGACGGAAGAUACACCACUCGUAUUCCCGAAGGCGUCACAGACGAAGAGGCCGGACCCAUCAUGUGUGGAGGUGUAACAGCUUACACUGCCUGCAAGAGGAGCAAUGUCAAACCUGGCCAGUGGAUUGUGCUGCCUGGUGCGGGUGGUGGUCUUGGACAUUUUGCUGUACAGUACGCAAAAGCAAUGGGUAUGCGUAUAAUUGCUGUCGAUGGAGGUGAUGCGAAACGCGACCUCUGCAAGAAAUUAGGAGCUGAAGAGUUCAUUGAUUUCACAAAAGUCCAGGACAUUGCAGGAGAGGUCAUGAAAAUUACGACCUAUGGCGCCCACGGUGUCAUUGUCACAGCCGCUACGAAACAAGCCUAUGAAUCGGCUCCAACUUUCCUGCGUCCUGGUGGAACAGUUGUGGCUGUCGGUUUGCCCACAGAUCCAUCGGUGAUUGCUGGCGCACCACCUAUCAUGCUGGCUCUGAAGAAGCUCAAUGUGGUCGGCAGCGUGACUGGUACCUUGAAGGAUGUUGAAGAGGCUCUCGACUUUACCGCACGGGGCUUGGUGCACCCAAUAUUGACCAAGGGCGAUCUGGAAGAUUUGGACAAGUACAUCGACCUGAUGAUCAGCGGUAAGCUUGCUGGAAGAGCCGUGCUCAAAGUUUCGUAG